AUGGGGUCAACGACCAGCUUUAAGGUUCUCAUUAUAGGGGGAGGAACAAGUGGUCUGGUGCUUGCCCAUGGUCUACAACAAGAAAAUAUACAGUAUAUUCUUUUUGAGCGUGAUGCUGAAGACAUUUACUGGAAUAAAUCUCGAGACUGGGGCAUGCAACUGCAUUGGGGAAAGGAAUACCUCUUUUCCGUUGUCCCAGAUUAUAUACAGUCACGUUUGAAAGAAGCAUUGGUCGAUCCCCAUUACAAUGCCGAUGAACCCUUUCCUCAUAUUAAUGGAGAGACUGGUGAAGUUAUAGCAGAGGCGCAUAUGCCUGGACUAGUGCGCGUUUCACGGAGGAAGUUACGAAGAUUGCUGGGUUGGGGGACAGGAUUGAAGAUAAUGUUUGAGAAGAAACUGGUCAGCAUCAAACAUGAUCAAGAUGGGCUUGUGACGGCUUCAUUCUCGGAUGGAUCUCAGGAGACCGCCAGUUUGUUAAUAGGCUGCGAUGGUUCACGGUCUAAAGUACGUAGCUUUCUCGUGGGGGAGGAGCUUGCGAAGCCAACUGAUAUUGACUUGACAAUGAUGAACCAUGCUGCUGGCGGUUAUACUGCUGAACAGGCUAUCCUAUUGCGCAAGUAUCAUGCCAUUGGCAAGAUUGCGUAUCAUCCGGAUUAUUAUGGUAAUUUUCUGCUAACUGCCCUGGACUGCUCCAACCUCGAGAAACCAGAAGAAUGGACAUUUCAAAUCCAGCACUGUUGGUGGGGACCCCCUUAUCUCGAUGAGCUCAAAGACCCAAAAACAAGACUGGAAUUCUACAAGACACGGUGCUCAAAAAUGUGCGAGCCAUUUCGUACGGCGGGCGUUGCGUUACCUGAUGAUGAAAUUCUUCCCAUUGAUCAGUCACAGCAGUGGGCACCUAUUGAAUGGGAUAAUCGUCGUGGUACAGUGACGUUGGCGGGAGAUGCGGCUCAUUCAAUGCUGCCUCAUCGCGGCCAAGGCUUGAAUAAUGCCUUGAGAGAUGUUGCAGAGCUGUUCGAAGCAAUCAAGCAGGUUCUCUCCGGUCAAUUCACGCUCGAGGCUGCUAUAACUUCUUAUGAAACUGCUAUGCGUCCCAGGGGUAUAAGAGAUGUUGAACUUUCCCUUGAGACUGCAAAGAAGAUGCGUCUAUCCGAUGUGUUGGAAAGUCCGUUUGUGAAAAUCGGAUUUGCUAAACUAGAUACUUUGAAAGAUGAUCAUGAGACUUGA